CCCGUUUCUGUCUCCAUCUCGAAGCGGACCGCUUAUUAUGGCAUACUGUAGCCCGCCGGAUCGGACCUACCAGGCUACCACACUUAACAAUCGACGAUGAAGGACCGAUAUUUGAUAUCUCUUCCUUCAAAAACUCCAUGGCUUCUGCAACUUCUACCAACGCGGUUACAGUCUACUGUGGCUCAUCCACAGGAAGCGAGCCAACAUAUAUCAAGGCAGCUACCUCUCUAGGAUCAGCUCUCGCAAAAGCCAACCGCCGACUCGUUUAUGGAGGUGGGGAAAAAGGUCUCAUGGGCGCUGUAUCUGGAGCUGUUAUCGCAGGUGGAGGAACCGUAACGGGAGUUAUACCUCAUGCGAUGCUUGCGGCUGGAGGAGAACAAGAUAAAGUCCGGCCUCCUGAUGGGCAAGCUGUGGAUAAACCGGGAAAGUUUGUAUCAGUGGUUUUAGAACCCGAUACUGAGCAGCUCCAAACUAUUGUCGUUCCUUCAAUGCAUGAAAGAAAAGUUGAAAUGGCCAGACGAUCGUGCGGGUUCAUUGGUUUACCAGGUGGUUACGGAACUUUUGAGGAGGUUCUUGAAGCAGUAACAUGGACCCAACUAGGGAUUCACGAUAAACCCGUCGUCCUUAUCAACGUCCUUUCUUUCUACGAUCCUCUCCGGGACCUAGUAAACAGCGCGGUCAACGCGGGUUUCAUCCAGCAUUUCAACAAAUCUCUCAUCAUCUUUGUGGACGGACCUGCUUCUCGAGAAGAACAUCAGACAUUUGAUUGGGGCACAGCAGCGUUAGAUGCUCUUGAAAGUUGGCAUCAGUCAAGACACGGGAUGCCAAAAGGGUUUUUUGAUUGGACACAAACACAGAAUGGAGGAAGUGAAGAGAGUCUGAGUGUCACAUAGACGCCACAAUUCGGCCAUCAGAGACGGAGUAAUACCGAUGCAUCAUUCAGCUAACAGGCAUAAUCAGAAUAUCUGCAACGCGUUUUCUUUUUCUGAGCCUCCGAGUUGGAGAUGUAAUUACAAAUCCAGGCGACGACAAAGAACCAGAAAUGAUACCAUACUCUACUGGUAAAAGUACAAUUAAACAAAGUCCACAACACUCAAAAGAGAAGGGUAUGGUAUAACCAACCGACCGCGAAAUCCAUCGAAGAGGUAACCCGGUGUAUUCAUUGAACCACCGUAACUCAACCUGGUCGGAUUA